GCCAAGGAACUCAAACAAAUGCAUUCGUAUUGAAACUGUCUCUAACUUGCUACCUGGGAGGAUACAUUCAGAAGAAUUUAGCUCUGCAAGCCAAGGGUUUUUACAAAGGCGCCUUGAACUGAGACAAAGCCAUCUGCAUUGAAACUGUCUCUAACUUGCCAGAGAAGACUUGAGAGAAGACUUUCCGAAGAAUUAGUCUCUGAAUUUCGCAAAGUCGCACAAUAUCCACACACGAGGUGUCACUAUGCCAUGCAAUGUCGCUGGUUCCGCCAUUGCCCAAGGAAAAUUUGUCGGCAGAAUUGAUCAAUUGAAAAAGUGGAACCCGACUGGUGUUGAGGCAUUGUGGUUACUUCUUUCAGGAGCGUCAAACCCUCCAGGCGAAAUUAAUGUUUCUGACCGAAGAACUAGAGAUAUUCCUGAAGAAAGAAGUGGUUCAUUUCUUUCUGGUGUUAUCAGUGAUUUACGUAACAUGGAAGAAGCAGUCGCAACAAAGUUGGACAACACAUUAAAAAAUUUUUAUUUAACAAAGUCCGACGCAAUUAGAGAAAUACAGAGAUUUUUUAACAAAUGCAGAGACAGGGAGUUGAAACCAAUGUUAUAUUACACUGGGCAUGGCGAAAGUGGAACCGGAAAUUGGUGCUUUCAUGAUGGUACAAUCAGUAUUGAGGAGAUUGUUGACUUGCUACCUGGUGGAACGUACUUCCCAAUCAUUUUUAGCGAUGCUUGCUACAGUGGCCAUUGGGCAAAUUUCUGUUUGAAUCAUUGUGAUAACGCCAAUGGUCUCAACUGUCUUGCAGCUUGCCCGGAGUUUUCCACAGCCAUGGAUACUAAAGGUGAAGGUGGGGAUCUGACAUUGUACAUGACUGGAAAGAAACUGCGUCCUGACACUGAGCCCAUCUACAGCGGAGGGAACCGUCUCAAAUUUCCAAUUACCGACGGCUAUGAUUCAGUUUUCUACUUAGAUUUAUUGAUGAGCUAUCUUAACAAUACUCACAAUAUUCUAAUCUGCCAAAGUAUACACGAUGGCUACUUUUACGGUUGUUUUGCACCUUCGAAUGAGUACAAGCCAAGACCGACUAUUGAAGGUCUCGUUAGUUUUUCGGAAGAAGACUUCAUGUUACCUACUGCAAACGGGUACAUAAUAUCCUCUCUCGCCUGUGACGAAAACCUUGGAUUUGGUGUGGUUUUAAUGCAUCGUCACGGCUUAAGUCAGAUCAUAGUAAACGAUGUAUCUGGCAUAAGGGAGGGAUACGACGCUGGAUAUUUUAUAACUGAAUGUGCUGCACGCGACUCCAAAUAUUACAUCGUUAUGACGAAGGAUGUAAAUGAAUGCGACAACGAAAUGCAACAAAAAGCAGUAUCCGAACGCAAUUGGAGCGAGAUUAGGGAGGAAGUGGAGAGGGGAUAUGAAGAAGGAAUGGUAAUAACUGGAAUUUGUUAUUCCCCUAAAUUAAGGGAGUAUUUAUUGGUGAUGACUGAGUCCCCAGCAGGCCAAAACUACAAAUGGUUUGAUGAAGGUUUUCCCAUCACUCCCUGGCUGAAUAACCUUCACAAGGAAGGUUUUCAUCCCACCAUCAUAUUCAAGGAUCCAGCUGAUGGAAAAGUUCUUGUAGUGGUGACGACCGAUGACAACAGAUCAACCUUCACAGCAGCACUUCACUACAAAAUUAAAACUGAAUGGUAAAGCAUUUACGAAUCGAAACCGUGUAUCGAAUAAUCCAACUUGUAGAUAUCAUUGAGCAGAUUAGCAAAAGAAAGCGAAAUUCAUUUAAAAUAUUUCUAAUAAUUUGUUGCUUUUUAAUUACAGUUGAAGUCAUGCGUGGUCAAUCAUGAGGGAAAAAAGAGUUAAGCGAUGAGUAUACAGUGAUAAGGGUUACCGUGUCCUUUUUCAUAAAGUCCUUUCUUUUUAUUCGUUUUCUGGCUUUUCCUGACUCCCCAAUUGUAAGUUUAGAAGUGUAUUUUCCUCCUCUGGGGGAAUGCUUGGAUAUCUAAUGGAAGGAUAUGGUGAAAAACGAUCUCAGGACAAAUAAACUUUACCAGACCGAGAUUCACCUAAAUGAUACUGUUUAAAUCAAAUUACCGUAUUUAUUCACUUAUAAGGCGCACCAUUUUUUACGAGAAAAUAUCCUUGUUUGAUCAAAGUCUGCUCAAAACUUGGGGUGCGUCUUAUAACCGAAUAUUUUCGCGCAACAAAGUCUUAACAUCACAAUUUUAGCAUAACUUACAGUUACAAAGACAUGAAAAGAACACUUAUUUGUUGGUCAUUAACUUUUUUAGAUCUGGUGGUUCUAAAAAGAACAAGGGUGGCUCUGAAAAGAGCCGUUGUGGUGGUUCUGAAAGAACCGUUGCUUAUACGGCCUCUGUCAGAUGACCACGAAACUAAUCCCACAUGAGCAGGGCUUUUUGGUCUGAGAUGUAGCGAAGAUUGCGUGUAUUCCUAUAAAUUAAAAAGGAAUACUUCUUUUAAAAUACUGAUCAACUUCAAAAGAUCGAUAACAAAGGCAAACAUCUGCUGCAAAAGCAAACAAACGGAAAUUUGUAUACGUUCUUAACAGUACGUGCUCGGUAACAUGAUAUCCAUGACUUCAAAACAAUCGUUCGAACCACGUUUCACGGAAAAUUCCUCGAAUCGUGUUUGUGUUGCUCACUCGAAAAGUUCCGUCUCGGAAUAAACACUGUGGAGAUAACACCUACCCUUUCCGUCUAUCCAGCCUUUUUUGUGCACUGAAACUUGCAUCCUCUGUGGCGUGUUGAUAUUCAGCUGUCGAACUGGGAGUUUUUCGCCAUUUCCUUUCACUGCGUAUGGUGCGCCUUAUAACCGAGUAUUUUCACAAAACUUUCCAUUUGGGAACUUGGCUUGGCAAAACUACAGAAUACAGGGCCUCUUAAUUACAGCUCACUGAAUCACAAUGCAUCCUUUUGUUUUCUGCCUCGUUCUUCAAAGCAUGCCGACAAGGUGGACCUCAAUGGCCCUCCAUUCUGUAGUUUGGCUUGACUAAGUUGCCAAGUUUGGGGUGCGUCUUAUAACCGAGUGCGGCUUAUAACCAAAUAACUACGGCAUGUGUUUUCUGACAUUCAUUAAUCAUCAGAUACAAUGGAAUAUAUGAAGUUCAUAUAUUUUGAACUGCGGUAUUAGAUACGUAUGAUGCACGAUCCUUCGCAGUA